AUGCUAUACCGAUAUAUCGCACUCGUUCUAGGAUCGAGCAGUAUAGUAGCAGGAGCUGCACUGAAUAGAGGAGAACUUGGAAGCGCAAGGCUUCAACAGCGACAGAAUGGUAACCCGACAUGUUUGGCUCCUAAUGCGCUUCAAACAGCAAGUCAAAAGACAGGCCAGGAGGCGGGGACUGAUGGAAUAAAGGAUGGUCAAGCUCCUUCAGAGACCGACAACGCAAAUUUCAUCAACUUCUGCUCUGGACAAACCCUCACUAAUGGUGCCCAACUGACACGCGGCUCUUGCAACGGAAUCCCAAUGGGAAAGAUCCCCGCGGCGAAGAACAUGAUCUCGGCCAUGAUUGUGAACCCUCAACCAGGCGAUCAAAUCACCGCUGGUGAAACAUUCAAUAUCGCUGUGCAAACAGUCCAUCUCGAUGCAGGGUUUUUUGUAAACCCCACAACUAACUAUUACACUGCCCCUCAAAAUCUGAACAAAGAUGGCGAUAUCAUUGGCCAUUGCCAUGUCACAGUCCAAGAAAUCGGCUCCUUCAAAUCCACCAAUCCGCCUGACCCGGUUACCUUUGCGUUUUUUAAAGGCAUUGAUGACGCCGGCGAUGGUCAGGGUCUUCUCCAAGCAGUGGUUACCGACGGCCUUCCAGCUGGUAUCUACCGCGUAUGUACCAUGAUUGCAGCCAGAAAUCAUCAGCCAGUAAACAUGCCUGUCGCACAAAGAGGGGCUCAGGAUGAUUGCACAAAGUUCCAGGUUGUGGACGCAGCUGGUGGCAACAAUGCUGGAAAGGGGCAGCAAAAUGCGGGGAGCGCAAUGAUUGGUAAAAUAGACUCAGGAAAGGUUGAUGGGCAAGCUUCGGACGCAGACUCGACUCGAAGUGCUUCAGCGGACAGCUCAGCGGCGGCCACUACCCAAGUCAGCCGGGCUGGAUCGACUCAAGCUGCGGCUGUGGGAAGGACUCUCGAUUUCGGAUCUUGUACCAACCCAGCUAUUGUAUUUGGCCCUGGAUUUGAUGGCCGAAAGGAGAAUUCCUUCCAACCAGCUGACAAAACAGAGUUCACGCAUGGAUCCGCGUUGGAUAUUGACACCAUAACUGGCUUCAUCUGUGAUCGAUUCAAUGACAGGUGUAAGGCUAGCAAUGAGGCUAUCAGUGCUUGUACCUCGGCGCAGGCCGCCACUAAAGGCAACACGGGCCAGGCCGCUGGUAAGAUUCAGUACUCCAUACAUGUACACGGAAAUCACUAA